AUGGCGACAGAGCUGAGACGCUUUUGGAAGCUUGGGUCAUUGAGCCGUAUCUGCAUCUUCUCCCUUCUAUUUCUGUUUGUGCAUUGUCAUACGUGUAAACAUCAAGUUCCUUCUUUGUCGGAGGUUGUCCAUAAAGUGUACCUGAAGUCUGAAAGAUUAACCAAAAGAAGCUCUGAUCAACAAUUGAAGAUAACGAUAAUUUAUGAUUCAAGUGUGGACAAGUUAACUUCAAAUAAAAGAAGACUGGUGAAGGAUAAACUGUUUUCACAAGCAAUUGAUUAUCUACAGAAGGCAUUUCAGGUUCGCCGGCAAGCAGGACCUGUAUUACUCAGCAGACGAUGUGUGACCAAUCAGUAUCUGAGGAAGAAAGAUGACCCUCACCGCUACUGCCAGGGAGCAUGUGCAGACAUCACUACGUGUGGACCCGUCAUUGUUCCUGAGCAUCAUCUACAGCAAUGCAAGGUGUGCAGCGAGACAGAGAGAUCGUGUGGCUCAGCAGGGCCUAUGGACGGGAAAGGGGUGGAGGGCGCUGACUUUGUCCUCUAUGUCAGUGGGGUGACUACAGAACGCUGUGGACAGGAGAACAUUGUGGCCUAUGCUGCAUACUGUCAACUGGAGUCUGAGCUGGACAGACCCAUUGCUGGAUAUGCCAACCUGUGCCCCAAUAUGAUAUCCACCCAACCUCAGGGUAUGCUGUCAACCGUCAAACACAAAGUCAUACACGCCCUGGGUUUUUCUGCAGGGCUGUUUGCAUUUUAUCACGAUGAUGAUGGCAAGCCUCUGACACCUCGGUUUGCAAGUGGACUACCAGCAUUCAACGAGAGUUUAGGCCUGUAUCAGUGGAGUGAUGCAGUGAUACGUAAAGUGACUCGAUUAUGGGACAUCCGUGGAGGCGUGAUGGUCCGACAUGAAGUGCACCUACUAGUGACACCGUGUGUUGUGGAAGAGGCGAGGAGACAUUUUGGCUGUCCCAUCCUGGAGGGUAUGGAGCUGGAGAACCAGGGAGGGAUGGGUACUGAGCUGAACCACUGGGAGAAGAGGCUACUAGAGAAUGAAGCAAUGACUGGAUCUCACACCCAGAACAGAGUGUUUUCUAGGCUCACCUUGGCCAUCAUGGAAGACACAGGUUGGUACAGAGCCAACUACAGCAUGGCAGAGAGGCUGGACUGGGGCAAAGGCCUGGGCUGUGACUUUGUGAUGAAGAGCUGUAAAUUCUGGAUUGAAAGGCAACGUCAGAGUCGUAAAGUGGUGACCCUUUACUGUGACACAGUGCGAGCCACACCCCUUCAGCUCACCUGCAGGCAGGACCAGCUGGCAGUGGCCGUCUGCAACCUGCAGAAGUACCCUCAGGACCUACCCCUGGACUACCAGUACUUUGACCAUAUCCCUGAAGUCUCUAUGAUGGAUCUGGCCUCCUACGGUGGAGCCGUGGAGAUCGCUGACUACUGUCCCUUCAGCCAGGAGUUUAGCUGGCACCUGAGUGGAGAGUACCAACGCAACUCCUACUGCAGGGUCCAGGAGAACCAGCCCGAUUGGUGGAGGAACUACGGAGCUGAGCAGUAUGGUCCAGACCCAGUGUGUUUGUACCAGAAGACUGCCUUCGUCAUGGAGCAGUGUACCAGACGCAUGACCUACCCUGACUGGGGAAGUGGCUGCUAUAAGAUCUCUUGCUCUACCCAGGGUCUGACGGUGUGGGUGGAGGACACUGUGUACCAGUGUGUGCGUACGGGUCAGCUGCUGAGCGUCAGUGUGCGUGUUAAUGACUGGGUAUACAAUGGGGUUCUCGUCUGUCCUGCCUGCUCAGACUUCUGUAGCGCCUGCCCUCUACCACAACAGCUCCCGCCCCUCAAUACCACCAAGAGAAUUCCUAUUGACCCUUGCUCCAGUUCCUCCAGCUUACUGGUAACUCUGUGUCUUCUACUGUUCAACUUCAUCCCUGUGUAUGUGGAACUAACUGACUGUCUGGUUGAUUGGCUGGCUGACUAACUAACUGUAAGGUUCUCUCUCUGGGACUGCGGCCCAAAUGGAACCCCAUUCCUUAAACGGGCCUAUGGCCAUAGGCCCUGGCCAAAAGCAGUGCUCUAUGUAGGGAAUAGGGUGCCAUCUGGGACGCAUUCUGGCAGCCCGUUUUGUAGUCGACCAUACUUGGCCAUCCCACAACCUCAGGCAUCCCAUUCCAGGGUUCCACAGUCCAGUUGGAAAGGAUUUGAUCCUUGGAAAAUCAUCAAGGAAAAGUCAGGAAAGUUGUUUAGGAAUCAAUCACACUAAACCCACCGUCAGGGAAAUUUGUGAUACUUUUGAACAAAUGUUUCGUAAAACAAAAUUCAGUGCAAAAUAUGUAUUUUACAUAUGUAUUUAAGUUUAAAUGCCUGAAAGAAGGAUAUCUUACCACAAUACC